CACUGGGUCCCCCAAACGUUCUCUCCCUCCACUGAUUGCAAGGCACGCUGGUCCCGAAGUCCCCGUCCCUGCCUCCGCGAGCCCAGCAGCAAAGGGAGAAAAUCUCCAGGAGCAGAGUCCCUAAGUGGUCUUCCCCGUCGGAACCUGUAAAACCCUCCGAGAUCCGGGGGACCCUACCUGUCACCCCCACUUCCACCCUCUGCCCCACCCCGUCCCUCCCCCACGGCAGCCUGGCCGCGUCUUUUGGAGGGGUCACUGCAGGGGAGCCCCGCCCCUCCCCGCUCGGCUCGGCUCGGCCCGGCCCAGCCCCGGAGGCGCCCGGGGUCCCCGCGCGCUCUCGGAACCGCCCACGGCCGUCGCUGCGCUGCCCGGCUGGCGUCCGGCUUCCGCGCGCUCGGGACGCUCGGAGGGCGCCGCCUGGGGACGCCGCCGGCUGCUCUGCACCCUCCUCCUGCUCUCCCCGCCCGGCCGCCGCCCCCCGGGGAGCUGCGCCCGCGGCGCUGGACCGACCGGAGCCCGCAGCUCAGCCAGGCCGGGCAGCCGCGCGCUCCAGGCCGCGGGCGGGCCGCACAGAUACCCAGCAAGUUUUCUGGACUUGUUUUGAGCAAAGAUGAAUGCUUCUGCAAGAAUAAUGUAACUGGAGGGUCCAGGUCAGGACAGACUUGAUCAUGGGCGCCAGCACUUCAAGCAAACAGCCAGUGUUUGAUGAAAAUGAGGAUGUCAAUUUUGACCACUUUGAAAUUUUGCGAGCCAUUGGAAAAGGCAGUUUUGGAAAGGUGUGCAUCGUACAGAAGAAUGACACCAAGAAGAUGUACGCCAUGAAGUACAUGAAUAAACAAAAAUGCGUGGAGCGGAACGAAGUGCGGAAUGUCUUCAAGGAGCUCCAGAUCAUGCAGGGCCUGGAGCACCCUUUCCUGGUGAAUCUGUGGUAUUCCUUCCAAGAUGAGGAAGACAUGUUCAUGGUAGUGGACCUCCUGCUCGGCGGAGACCUGCGUUAUCACCUGCAGCAGAAUGUUCACUUCCAGGAAGACACAGUGAAGCUGUUCAUCUGUGAGCUGGCCAUGGCCCUGGACUACCUGCAGAACCAGUGCAUCAUCCACAGGGAUAUGAAGCCUGAUAAUAUUUUACUUGACGAACAUGGGCAUGUGCACAUCACAGAUUUCAACAUUGCAGCCAUGCUGCCCAAGGAGAUGCGGAUCACCACCGUGGCUGGCACCAAGCCUUACAUGGCACCUGAGAUGUUCAGUUCCAAAAAGGACACAGGCUAUUCCUUUGCUGUGGACUGGUGGUCCCUGGGAGUGACGGCGUACGAGCUGCUACGAGGCCGGAGACCAUAUCACAUUCGCUCCAGCACUUCCUGUAAGGAAAUUGUGCACAUGUUUGAGACCGCUAUUGUGACUUACCCUUCUGCCUGGUCACAGGAAAUGGUGUCACUCCUUAAAAAGCUGCUUGAACCUAAUCCAGACCAGCGUUUCUCUCGCUUGAGCGACAUUCAGAGCUUCCCGUAUAUGAGUGACGUGAACUGGAAUGCAGUGUUUGAGAAGAGGCUCGUUCCAGGCUUUAUCCCUAACAAAGGCAGAUUGAAUUGCGACCCCACCUUUGAACUGGAAGAAAUGAUUCUGGAAUCCAAACCUCUUCAUAAGAAAAAGAAGCGUUUGGCAAAGAAAGAGAAGGAGCUGAGGAAAUGUGAUUCCUCUCAGAUGGAUCUUCUUCAAGAACAUCUUGAGUCUGUCCAGAAGGAAUUUAUAAUUUUCAACCGAGAAAAAGUAAAAAGAGAUUUGAAUAAAAGACAAGCAAAUCUAGCCUUGGAACAAACCAAAAACCCACAAGAAGAAGACAGCCAGAAUAACAACCUGUAAAGCCCUUCUGGGACAUCUCUUGGCACCUCACGCCAGAAACUCCUGAUUGUCCACUGCAAGAAGAGCUGGCAGUAGUUCUUGGCACUCCACACCUCAUGCUUAGGAAUGUGAGGAACAUCGUCCGCACGAUGCAGCUCCAUCCAGUGAAGAGUCCCUGGGCCUGAGCUCCUGGGACCUCGCUUCAUCACUGAUUGACUCUGUGUGACCUUGAGCAAGUCACUUAAUCCUCUUUCUGCUUGGGUUCAUUCAUCCAGCAGGAAGGGGGUUAUAUCAGCUGAGUCUACCUUGCCUUUUUUCUGCCACGAUUGCUAUUCUACAUGACCUUUAUAUUUUAAAAGAAAUACCUGGAUGUAGAUUUAUUUUUCCAUUCCCUCUGAUUGCACUCUGAUGAAUGGACAUUGGAAAGAGUGAGAUUCUUCAGAGCCAGAAAACUUCAUAAAGAGUUCAAAAUUCCAAAGCCCGCUUAGGUAGGAAUGAAAGGUUUCAUCAGCAAGAAAGGUAUAGGGUCAGAUGAGAAGGAACAUAGGUUAAUAGGACCUUCAGGGGGAGCCUGUCCAUCUCCGGUCAGGUAGCCUGAGCUUGGUAAUGAUGAAAAGAUUCCUAACACGGAAAUCUCCUAAUGCCGCAAAUCAGGGCAACUUUUUUUUCUGCCUCUUUUAGCAAGCUAGUUGUUAAUAUUAGCAUACCACUUCCCUUCCUCCAUUGUGCAUGAUCAUUGAGGGCUGGAUGACCCGGGAAGGUUAGCAGAGAUUACAUCGGGAGAGGAUUGGAAAAAUAUUGUCGUACUGACAGUGUGUUUAUUCCGCAGUUCAGGCAAAUUGCAAGGAUGCCUCAAAGUAAAACGUACACAUUACUAUUAACUGAGAAAUUUUCCAGUGCUACUGGGUGGAAUCAUAAAGUGAAUAGGUUUUGUGGAGGACUGUGUUAACCUUUUAACAAAAGAUCAUCUAGACCCAUCCCUGCCAAGGCAGAGUAGAGUCUCCACCAUGGCAGUAAGCAACAGAGAAGACCAGAAUGUCGCCCCUUUGAAAAGCUGGACGGGCAGAAAUAGACAAGAGAAGAGAGAGACAUGGCUGCCCGCAGCUGCAACAGAGGAUUUAGAGGGAGGUCACAUUGGGGCAACUAAUUAUGGAUGGAAAGCUAGGGUUAAGCUUAAUAUCAACAUUUAUAAAUUAAUAGGCCCAGAAUUUCUGGCCCAGUUGUGAAAUAAUAUCUUUAAGAGCAACCGUAUUUUUGUUAAAAAAAAAAAAAAAUUUUGUCUGUGUGGUUCCUUUUCUCUCAAGUUCCCACAUGUUAUUUGCCUAUGCUAUUUUGAUUUUUGCCCAAACAUUGUAAGCUCAGAGCAAUUGGUAGGAUUUUUAGAGGACGAUGGGUUUACAAGCAGCCAUGGAAGGCGGACAGAACUCAGCCUCACACUGGUAACUCCACGAGCAUCCAGAGCUGUCAGCAUGGCUGCCCAUUUCCCUCCUUUGAUCUCUAUUCAAACCUUGAUGUGAUGUGGGCUCAGGUCUCCUGCCACUUGGUUCCUCCUCCUGCUGAGACCUCGUGUGCAUCCUCAAAGGAGAAUUUUUCAGAAAUGUUUAUCAAGACUCAGUGGGACCAGUCCACUUGCCAGGUUGAAAGCUAAGGGUGUGUGCUGUUUCAUGGCUGUACAGUGUAACUUAGGAUAGGAGCCCACACAAACGCUGUGGUUUGAAUCCCUUGUUCUUAUUACCUGUACAUGAUUUCUAUGCCUGAAACACCGUUGUCGAUUUUCAGAACCAGGGACUCACCAAUGAGAGCACAGUGCUUGGGGAUUCCCCGGGCCACUCACAUGAUGGGCCACAGUGUGAUUUAAGAAUUGAAAAGCAAUGAGUCACGUCUAUAGCUCAAUGGUAGAGUGUGUACUUAGCACACAUCAGGACCUGUGUUUGACUCCUUACACCAUGAAAAACAAAGGUGACAAAAUAAAUAAAGGCACUCACUGGCAGAAUAACUAAUUCAAAGAACUUGUACAUUUUAAAGAUGCAAUGGAAAAACUUUCCAAAAACAAAAGGCCUCCUAAACCCUUAUGCUGAUUGUUGUUGAAGGCAGAUCUGUUGGUUUUAUCUCUUCACUUGGGCUAGAAGUCCAUAGUCCACUGAAUGGAACAUGUCUCAUCUGGAUUCCUGAUAAUGCUCAGAGCUGAGAAUUUUAAAAAACAGGAUGAUAAGGGCAGUUCUAUUUUGUGGCGCUCCUGGAAUCCUUUCUCCUAACAGCUUCCUCCCUUAUCUGCAUAGAGCAUCUGAAAAGCCUGACAAAGCUUUGAAGGUCAGAGCAUCCUGAUUACAACACUCUGGCACUGCAGCAGAACCUCACCUUUGGUGCAUCCAGUGACCUCAGAAGAUUAGGAGGGGCCAAGCCCCAAGACCCCAUUGGGGGUGCCAACACCAUGGAGGGACAUGUUGUGCUAAUGGGUAACACAUGGCAGCGUGGUUUGGGCUGAGGUCACUGCCAGGUUAGGAAUAAACUUCAAGCAACACCCAGUACUACUUAAAUCAAUUACUGGAAUCUGAUUAGUCGUUAGGCUUCAUGUAAUAAGAGACUUUUACCCAGAAAUGACAUUUUCUGUCAUUAUAGCAUUCCUAGAUUGAAUGCAUGAGUAAAUAACUAGCAAGAGUGUAUUGGUGCAGCUGUGAGUGGACAGUGUUGCUGAUGAGUGAUGCAAAGGCUAACGCACUUCAAAAGCUGAAUGAAAAGGCACGAGAAGCAUUGAGUUUCAGUACCCAGCUGUCCCUGUACUGUCUACACAAAAUCCUGUUACCCACUUCUGUCCGCCCGGGUUUCCUGUGUAUUACAAGCUCAGUGUGUCUGUAUGUUAAAAUCCCAGACUUCACUUUUCUAUGCUGUUGUCAACUGGCAGCUUCCCAGGCAGCCCUUGAAUGAGAAGUGUUCUUCCGUUGAGCUGUAGCCUACAUACAAUGUAAGUGUGCCUGUGUGUAUUAAAUGUCUUGUGCACCAUCAA